UGACAAUGUCAAUUCUGUCAGUGUGUCAAGUUAUAACCUAAACUUGUGUAACUCCAAAAACAAUAAAUUCGUCCUAUUUACUUGUACUAUAUGAAUUAUGUAAUAUUUUAGAUAUUAAGAAGAAAGCAUUACAAUGAACUCUCUUCACAAUACCAUCAAACAAUUUCGCCUUCUCAACCUCAAUACGGCGCUGAAAACUAUAUCGGAAUGCAAACCUAUUGCUCCUCACGUUGUAAAAGCGAAGAAUGAGUUGGUUUGCAAUCCUAAAGUUCUAUCAUUUGCGCCGAGGAGCGUCGGCGUAGAAAUUAUUGAUAAACGAAAGCCUAAUGGGAUAACUCAGGACCCAAUACCUUACAUACCGAUUGUGAACCCUCGUUCUAUCCUCCCACUGUUGGACAAAGAGUGGAGAAAGGAUGAGAUUGGUCUGCCAGCUAUACGGCAAGAAGAGAUGCAUGCAGUGAGGUUGAUAGUCAUUCGGAGAAAGAAGAUGAAGAAACAUCAGAGAAGGAAGCUAUGGAAGAAGAUGAGGUACACCUGGGCUAGGAUAAAGCAGCACCGUCGUCAAAAGAAGGAGAAAAUCUUCCAGAACUCUUUACUGGCCAUGGUCAGGAAGGCCAACGAGUUUGAAGCCGAGAAGUAUGUAGCCGGGAAGAUUCGUAGAGCCAACCACACCCCACUGCCCACACGAUGGAGACACAAGCGUUUGCCCGAGUUCAUCAUAAGACAACUACUGGGCAUAGACAAGAAGAUUAACUAUAAACACACAGAUGUUUACAAAGCUUGAUUAGUUUGAUUUGUUAAGAAUUAAAGUAGUUUAAUUUAGA